CUUGUAUAAAUAGUUAGCCAUUGAGCCUCUUCAGACAGAAGCUACUCGAUCGCUCUUGGAGUAACAGAUUGCAGCUGUCAUCAUGAAAUUCCUGGUUGUUGCCUUUGCCGUUCUGGCCUGCGCCUAUGGCGAUGUCUCCCACUUGGGUUACGACUACUCUCCUCCGGCCCCAGCUCCGGUUUACCAGCCUGCUCCAGCUCCGGUCUACCAGCCCGCCCCGGCUCCGGUCUACCAGCCUGCUCCAGCACCAGUUGUUAUCCCUGCUCCUGCUCCCGCUCCAGUUGUGAUCCCAGCUCCAGCUCCCGUGAAGUCCUACGUCCCACCUGCACCCAUCAGCAUCCCAGCCCCAGCACCCGCUCCCAUCAGGAUCCCAGCCCCAGUUUACCAGCCAGCUCCUGCUCCCAUCAGCAUCCCAGCUCCGGCUCCAGUUGAGAUCCCUGCCCCAGCCCCAGUGAACACCUACAUUCCCCCCGCACCAGCACCAGCUCCGGUUUACCAGCCAGCCCCUGCUCCCAUUCCCGUGAGCAUCCCGGCUCCAGCUCCCGUUUACCAGCCUGCUCCCGCUCCCGUCGUGAUCCCAGCCCCUGCUCCAGCACCAGUUGUGAUCUCUGCUCCUGCUCCCGCUCCCGUUGUGAUCCCAGCCCCUGCUCCAGCACCAGUUGUGAUCUCUGCUCCUGCUCCCGCUCCAGUUGUGAUCCCAGCCCCAGCUCCUGUGAGGUCGUACGUGCCACCUGCACCAAUCAGCAUCCCAGCCCCGGCUCCCGUUUACCAGCCAGCUCCCAUCAGCAUCCCGGCCCCUGCCCCGGUUUACCAACCAGCUCCCGCUCCCGUCUACCAGCCAACCAACACUCAGGUUCUGGAGGAGAUCGAGCCCGCUUCCAAUGAUGGAUACCGCUACAAGACCGUGCGUCGUCGCGUCUACCGUCACCGUUUCUAAACUUACCAAAGCCCAAAAAAAACUGUUUCCUAACGAAUCCCUACGGGGACUCGCAAUAAAAAAUUUCCGCCUUCAAUUUGUUAAACAAAAAGAAAA